AUGUCGCGGAGAAGUAGUCGCAUUCAAGGGAUAGCGCCUGAAGUGUCCACUAAGGAAGCACAACAGAGUGUACAGCAUCGGCAGCGGGAACAAAAAGAGAAGCCCACAUCCAGACCCACACCCAGAACAGGACCAGCUCAAGCUGGUGGACGAGGUCGUGGUAGUGGUAGUGGCCAUCAUGCAGAAGGACAGCCACGACAGGCUUCUACUCAAACGGAGAAGCAAACUGCCCGGACAUCUACUGAUGUAUCACCCCUGAAGGACGAACAAGCCGUCAUUGAAGCCGUCAGAAAUAUUGCAUAUCGUGCGCGACAAGACCGGCAGGCAUCGUCGUCCAGUAUGGAACAACAAGAAUUUUCAAUCUCGUCUGUCCUCGGUAAACGCCAGCGGGAUACGACCAGUGAAGACGAAGGAGAUAAUGAGGAACAAGAACGGAAAAAUAGGGCACGUUAUCGACACCGUAUGCAACAGAUGUCCAUACGUUUGCAUGAGCCUCCGCAGAUGGCCAGAAAACCUUUCAUCGAUCAAUACAAGGAUCGUAUCGAGGACGAGCUAGAGGUAGCAAUCGCCGAAAUCUAUGAUUUUCUACGAGAAGGAUCAGGAGAACGGAACCGAGAUCCAUGCAUUGUUCAAGAACGUACGGAUUUCUUGAACGAUUGGAGCACGCGUAUCAGGGAUUAUCAACUGGUCGUCAUGACGAAAAUGGUCGCUACGCAUCAAUACCAAGAGCUCAUUUGGAAAUGGGAAGAGAUCUAUGACGAUUGCGCCAACUUGGCCAAUACACCCGUGGACGAAAAUGAUAUCGCUGGUCACCAAGCUCGUGCCGCCCAAUUUGUGAUGCAUGCGGAGGAGCUCAUCAAUGAUGGCAUAUUGAAACUGCCGGAUAUUGUUGCUCAUUUUCAGGAGCAGCAGUGA